AUGGACGACUCUCCUACCUCUACUUACACGUACGCUUCCUUUUAUGGAGCGUACCCCCCGCGCUCCCCGCCGCCCACCCCGCCCAGGCCCGAGCCCGUCACAGGCUACAACAUUCGUUUCGUCGACUUGAUGGCCGAGCGCACUGGCAAGAGCAUUGACCUCGUGUUCGUUCUCGACUGCACCGGGUCCAUGCAGCGCUACAUCAACUCGGUCAGGGACCACAUCUUCGCCAUCUGCGACAUGAUCCGCGGCGAAGAGGGUCUGAAUGGCGUCGACGACCUCCGGGUGGCGAUUGUCAACUAUCGUGACCACAAGCCGCAAGACAACACGUAUGUCUACAAGUUCAACCCCUUCACCUCGGACAUUGCCGAAGUCCAAACCUACCUCCGUGGCUUGACUGCUGCUGGUGGUGGUGAUGGCCCCGAGGCAGUGACUGCCGCCAUGGCCGCAUGUCUCACCGAGCUCGAGUGGCGUCGCGAAGCCGCCCGCAUGGUCGUCCUCAUUGCUGACGCCCCGCCUCACGGCAUUGGAGAGAGCGGCGACCAGAUCAAGCAGGGUGACCCGGACGGACACGACCCACUCGUCAUUGCUCGCACAAUGGCCCAGCACGGUAUCACCUUUUUCAUGGUUGCCUGUGAGGAGACCCUCAGCAACUACUCUCGCGCUGUUGACUUCUUCACCGCCAUCUGCAACAUGACCUCGGGCGUGAUGAUGCCCCUCACCACGGCUGACCUGUUGGCAAUGACCAUUGUCGGCAGUGUGCUCGAGAACAUGGACAUGGAGCGUCUUAUUGCUGAGAUUGGCCGCGAAGUGGCGGAGCGUAUCCGGGAGAAGGGCGAGACGAUGCAGAGCGUCGAGGAAGUGGCCCAGGAGCUCCACGAGCGCCUCUUGCUUCGUAACGAGCAGACCAAGCAGGUCCAGCUUCCGGACGUUUACAUCCAGAGCGACCACUCACGGAAGAACGUGCAGGCUUGGAUGAACGCCCAGUUCAUCUUCAAUGCCGCCCCGAACAUUCUUCCUGUUCCUGGUCGACGCCUGACAGACAAGUUCCGCCGCAACAACCAGGCCCAGGGAUUCAAGUACACCCCCGGCGGCCGUCUCCCUCCUCGCCGCACCUCGGCUACCACUGGUGCUGCCCCCACUUCGCCUGACCUGUCCACCUCACCUGCUGGCCACGAUGUCCACCCGGCCUCGCCACCUCGCAAGAUUGUCUCCGAUUUCAAGGCCUUUGGCGCCUCCUCCUCUACCAUCGGCGGCAGCAGUCUCUCGGUCUUUGGCGCGCCCAUGCUCCCCACUGGACCUGGUGGAGGCAUGUUCGGCGCUGCGGGCUUGACUCCCGCCAUGAACGCGUCUAUGAGGGGCAUGCGCGGACAAGGCGACGACGAUGAUGAUGACGAUGACGACGAGUCGGGCACGCAGCUCAAGCGCGAGACGAUUAGUCUGGACCAGGCCCGUCGUAUUGCCACGCAGUCGGUCUUCCGUGCCGGCCGUCUGCCCAUUUGA